AAGCCGAAAGUGUGCUCGGCAGUGUCAUGGCUACAGGCGCAUUGGCCGCGAUUAACGCUGUCGACGCAGCACAGACAGCCAGGGCGCAGGCAGGCCUCCCAGUGGCUGCACAUCUCGACGGCAUGGCCAAUGCAUUGUGCGGCGAUAUGCAUGCGCCAAGUUCGGCUCGGUGGCUGUGAUGCGUGUGUGUGUGUGUAUGAAUGCACUGUACAGAAUUAGUCCCGAGCUUGGAGCCUCACACAGAAUUUUCGAUCGUUCUCCGACCCUCUUAAAACGCCAUUUUGACCUCCUACUGCCUGUGCACUUCCUGAUAGACAUUUUGGGAGUUUCGGUUUUGGUGUUUUUCAUACCAUGGACAGCCAAUCGCUGCUACAUGCUGCUGGUCUGGCCAUGUGCGAUCAGGAAUUAACGGGGUCCUCGGAGAAGGACGUCAACGGUGAAACCAGCCACAACUCCUAUGGGAGCCAUGGCGACCAGCUGGACGGCCAUCACAAGAUUCCCUGCCCAUGGGCAUGCGGUAGCCCAGAAUUUGCCAGUGAUGAGGAUUUGUACGCACACGUUCGACUUAGCGGCGACACCGUGGCCUGCCCGAACCUGUCACGCAUGGUGUGGGACGCCACGACGCCCGAGCUGAUCCACAAUCUGUCGCAGAUGAUGGGCAUGGAGACCAGCAGUGGGGCGGAGUCGUCGGCUUCUAAGCGCAUCGAUCCCCAUGGUCGUUUCCUGUAUUUCAUCUCCGGAUUUCUGACGGCGCGCGGAAUUGCCCUGCAGACGCCCAUGUUCACGCUGCCGUAUCCCUUCUCUAAAUUCAUGUGGGAAUGGGCCACCACCGACAAACCGGACUCACAGACCGUUGUUAACUCGUUCCAAAUAAACCCUGCAUGA